AUGUCAUUGAGUUACCUACCGGGGCGUCCCAAUGAAACUCCUCAAACGAUGUGCCAGGCCACAUGGCAGAAACAUACUAUAUUUGCUUACUGUUCAGGGAAUAAUCUGAUCAUAAUGACUAACAAUUUUACUAGAUUACAAACUCUAUAUCUAGAACAGGAUUGUAAUGCUGUUGAUAUUAAUUCAAAUAAUGGAUUCAUUGCCGUUGGUUACGGAAACAAAGUUAGCAUUUACAAACCUCUAUAUCAAAUCAUGAAAGAUCCUAAAUGGAUAUCCUGUUGUGAAAUUUUUCAUGAUCCAUCUAUUGUCAAUACUCUGAAAUGGGGUCUUGAUAAUGAAUUGAUAGUUGGAUCGGCCUUUCUUUCAUUUUGGAAGAUAAAAGAUAAUUUUGGAGAAUAUGACCCUAUACUACUUUGGAACAAAAGACAACCGAAGCCUGUUUAUAGUGUCACUAUAUCGCAGGACUCUCAAUUGAUUGCAAGUUUCGGUAAAUAUGACAUCACUGUAAAAUUAUGGAAAAGAAUCUCCAUAAGUGGCGAACAAGAUAUAUUCAAUUUAACAUUAUUACCUCACCCCGACUAUGUGACAGCCAUCAGGUGGAAAAGUUCAAAAACAAAUCACAAAUCACAGGUUUUAUACACGUUAUGUAGUGAUAAAACCCUGAGAAUAUGGUCAUGCUACGAAAUUGUUAGUGGUCGGAAGACAGUUCAAAACUGGGGUUCAUUACAACUGAGUAAGCAAGAGAGGUUUUGUCUCAUUGUUGAUAGUUGGAUAUUAAAGAAUGUGUUGACACCAAAUAAUAAUGAAAUUGGAUAUUAUAAUUCCAAGUCACCAGAUUUAGCUAUUACAGUUACAAAUUCUGGGGACUAUACUGUGCAUACUCUAGAAAAUCUUUCCACUGAUCCUCCUAAACCAUUAAUAUUAAAGACUUUAUUUUCCGGAGAGCUAUCUAGGUCAUUUUUCCCCAGAAAUCCAAGUUUCCUAUAUUUUGCUGAAGUUCAGCCUUACAAUGACCAAUCUCCAGAAAUUUCGUUGAUGGCUCAUUCACUAGGUGGUGUAAUUAGACAUGCAACAGUAAAUCUACAGAAUUUGCUAGAGCAAAAGCAUAAUCAAGCUAGCAAUUUUGUACUUCGCCAUGUUUUAGCAGGUCAUAAUAAAUCUAUUCAACAAUUGGUUAGGAGUAGUGAUGGUGAUGCAUUGCUGACGCAAUCGAGGUUUUGUGAGAAUAGCAUUUGGACCCCACAACGCAUCUCUAAGGAUGAAAUGACGUUGUUUUUGAAAAAUGUUGUUAACACAGAGGCCCCAAUUAAGUUGGCAGUUCUACAUGAAAAAGGUAAUCUCUUGAUAUGUUUGUUAGAAAACUCAAAACUUCAGGGAUGGGAUUGUCCUAGAAAUGAAAAUCCUAAUUUCAAAACAGCAACAUUAAAGACUGAGUACAUCAUACCUUCUCCGCCAGACGGUGUCAAGCCAUUAUUGAUGCUAAAUACACCUGAGUUGGUACAUAAUCACGAACGCCAUUUUGUUGCUAUAGUAUAUUCAGAUGGCUCAAUAAAUUCUUAUGAGGUUUCCUUAGUCAGGGGUAUAACCCCUUUCAAAUCAGAAUCCUUGGAUCUAAAUGGACAAUCGUCGAUAUUCAAAAUUUCUAAAAUAGAUCCUGUUCACCCAACAUUUAUGUGUAAUAGACCGUUGAUUUCAACUGCAACUAAAAAUGGUCUGGUGGUUGAAUACAAAGCUACCGUCAACUACGACAAGAAACUAGUUGAAUGGUCAAAAUGGAAAGAGGUUGUGACGGGGGUGAAAAGCCCACUUUUUAUCAGUGGAUCAUCUACUGGUAAAUUAUGUGUUGUUAGUGAGGAUGGGAAAGUUGUUUCGUUUUGGGAUGUUGACGGUAGUGUACUUGAGUAUGAGGAAACGUUUACUGAACAAAUACAAGAUAUUGAUUGGACCAGUACAGCUUUUGAACAGAGUAUUAUGUCUAUUGGUUUUACUGGAUAUGCAUUAUUGUACACACAAUUAAGAUAUGAUUACACUAAUAAUUCCCCUAGCUAUUUACCUAUAGAAAAAAUAGAUAUAACGGCCCAUACUGCUCAUAAAAUAGGUGAUUCUGUAUGGUUGAAAGAUGCCACAUUUGUUGUGGCAUCGGGAAAUCAACUCUACAUAAAAGAUAAAUCACUCGACAUAGACGAUCCGUUUACUCAUAAAUCGAUAGGUUCAAGAACAAUACUUUCAAAUGAUAUUCUACAUCUUAACAGUGUCUUGAAUGGGCCCCUUCCUGUUUAUCAUCCUCAAUUUCUCAUUCAAGCUAUAUACGCAAAUAAGAUUGAGCUUGUUAAAGAGAUAUUACUAAGACUUUUCUUGAAAUUGAGGGAUAUCGAUCUGAAUUCAAAAGAAAUUACAUCCAAUCUUCCUUCUGAUCUUGAUAUUGAUACGCACAAAUUUUUUGUCAAACGAAAUAAGGACUAUCCUGUUGAAGUCUUCCCUGAUCCUUAUCCUAUUUUUAAUGAUUCAGUAGCAUCAAGUUUGUCACAACAAUUGAUAAAAAUGGUACUACCAUAUAUAACAAGACACCAGCAGGUCACCUUAAUGACGGUGGUGGAGGCAACAAAGGAUAUUAUUAAAAAUAGCACUGUAAUGGAUAUUAAUGGUGUGAGAUUUUUAUUGGGUGUUAAAUUAUUCAUGUCACAUAGACCCCAACAGGCUCACCUUGUGAUGAGAGACGUUUCUUGGGCGUUACAUUCAGAUAAUAAGGAAUUGUUAUUAUCCCAGUUAGAUUGGAAUACAACCUCUUGGGAGAGGGCAUGUGAAUAUAAAAUAGCUUUGUGGUCCACGGAACCAGAUUUGAUAAGUAAAAUGGAGGAAAUUGCAAAAUACGAAUUUAAUAAAAAAGAAGAAAAGGAUCCAUCAUUAUGUUCUAUAUUCUACCUUGCUCUAAAAAAGAAACAAGUUAUUCUAGCUCUUUGGAAAAUGAGUUAUGGUAAUCCUGAACAGCAAAAAAUGAUUAAAUUUCUAAGUAACGACUUUAAUGAACCAAGAUGGAAAACUGCAGCAUUAAAAAAUGCGUUUGUGCUUCUAAGUAAGCAUCGUUACCUAGAUGCAGCAACAUUUUUCUUAUUAGCGGGGGCAUUGAAAGAUUGUGCAAAUGUGUUAUACAAGCAACUGAAUGACAUGGAUCUAGCUAUUGGUGUUUGUAGAGUUUAUGAGGGUGAUAAUGGGCCUGUACUAGGUGAAUUCUUAACAAGACAAGUUUUGCCAAAGGCAAUUCAAGAAAAUGAUAGAUGGACUAGUAGUUACGUUUACUGGAAAUUGAGAAAGCAAGAUAUUUCCAUUAAGGCACUGGUUACACCUCCAAUAGAAUUGGAAAAUAACUCGAACUUAGUGAAGCAUGACGCACUGGUGAAUAAGUCAUUUUUGGUGGAAGAUCCAGCAUUGUUGCACCUAUAUAUUAUUUUAAGGGAAAGAAAUAUUAAAUAUUUUACGGCAUCUUUGGAAAUGGGUACUAAGAACGAAUACAGGUUACUACUUAGGGUUGUUGAUAUACUAAAUAGAAUGGGUUGCGACUAUUUAUCUGCUUCAUUGGUACGAGAUUGGGACUUUAUCAAACGGCCAAAAUACAUUAAGAAUAAGCGUGAAGUGUUUGAGAACAUUCCAUAUUCUGGUCCGGCACAAUCCAUCAACAAGAUUAUAGACGAACCAGUAACAACUGAAAGAGUAAGACCAAGUUUAUUCGAUAUGUUUGAUUCCCAAAACUUAUCAUCAGGUCGUUCAAAACCCGGAUAUAACUCUAAAGGAUCUGAAAUUAAUAUCCUGGAUUCUUUCAAUACUACAGUUCUAUCCGAGUCCAGAAAUUUGCUAGAUGGUUUUACGUCUUCUUCUCAACCAAAGAGUAUGUUAGAUAACUUUAUGGCUCCUUCUUCUGUUACAGAAGGUUCUCAAAGUACUGUUCCUGGAAUGCGUGAUAGUAUUACAGCACCAUCUGAAACUCAAUCAUCGAGAAAUAGCACAGUCACUCCCCCAUCAAAUAAAAAUGUCUCUAAAUCAUCCCAGGAACCUAGGAGUUUGCUGGACGAUUUUAUGUAA